AUGCUUCUGUCUCAAAUAGAAGCGACCAAUCGAAACCCAAUCAAACAAGCAAAGUUGAUAUUUAAACUCGGGAGUUUUUACCAGGAGAAUGCGGAAUACGAGAAAGCGGUUCCGCUGUUUUAUCAGAUCCAGCGGAUUCUGCGUCCGUUUCCUUCGCACGAAGAUAUCAGUCAUGUAGCAGUUCGAUGUUUGUCGGUGUGUCUUCGCGAGUUGGGCGAUUCGGAUAAAGCGGUCGAUGUUCUCAACAAAGAUAUCGAUUUGCUCGUCUACCGAAAGUCUCGGAUAGCCGGAGAGAGCGAAUAUAACGAUUACUACGAAUCGGAAUUAUUGCGAUCAUACGAAGAAUUGGGGAAUUGCUACAUCACCGCUGCGGAGUGUUAUAAUCGGUCGGUCCGCGCCGCUCGCCAUUUGCAUCCUUCUUCGGUGACAGGAGUUUUGGUGAAUUUGGCAACCGUGUUGGAGGAGCAACAGAAGCCAGACGAAGCCGAGAAGAUCUAUAAGCAGGCGAUCACGCAAUGGAAGGCUCCUUCGUCUGGGUCGAAUGAGGCCUCGUUGAUCUAUUCGAAUCUCGCGCGAGGGUGGUAUGACUACGCGCGUCUUCAAAUCAAGCGGGGUUUGUAUUCUGUCGCUCUGGAGUAUUUACAGAAGGCAUUUGUGAAUGAUUGCUUGUCGAGAAGGGUGGAUGAUAUGGUACGAACAAGCUCGCUAAUCGGUGAUGUGAUGCUGGAAAUGGCAGGACGCGGCUCGCUAAGCGAAGAGAAAUGGAAUGUAGAAAUGAAGAAGAUGGUAAGCGAGUUGAGCGAAAGAGAACGAAACGGCUCUCCGCAUGAAAAGAAAAUGAUUCAAGACACGAGCGAGUAUCUGCGUCAUUUGUCCUCCAUUUUUGAGUUAUGGACUCGUUGGAACCAGACUUGGAAGUCCAAAACUCCAACGGAAUUAUGCGAAUUUGUGAUUGAGUCGCUCGAACUUCCUCCCUAUCCUUAUUCGUUAUUACACUUUAUUCUGCCAGUGAUUGCGCAGACCCAAUCCAAUCUUUCUCUGUCUGUAAACGACUCUGUAAUCAGCGUUUCUCCUAUGAGACUCGCAGAGUGGCUCACAGUCGUCACGAUUGCAGUGUUGGUGGAAGAGCAGCGCUUUAACCAAGCGAUUUCCUUGCUUCAAAAGAACGUAACGUUUUUAUCUUUGUCUCCUGUGUUGCCUGCUCCUUCGCCUAGUUCGAUAUUGAACUCGUUGAAGCAGAAAUUGCGUCAGCGACUAGUUUUCUGUUCAGAAACUUCGACACACUCUGCAGAUGUGUCAAUGUCAUUUUCUGAAGCAAAAAGUUGCUAUGAUGCGUUACUGCGGACUUUUCCUGAAUUGGCAAAAGAACGAAACGGAAUGGAACACAAUGAAAAUGAGGAGGAGGAUGAAGACUUGUCUCUUUUGCGAAAGAUUCGAUGGAACCGGAAUUUUUUACCCGCAAAUGGGAAUGCUGACAACAUGAGUCUCGCGUUUUUACAAUCGGUGAAUCGUGGAAACUCGCGGUUUUCACACAUUCGGAAAAAAUCAAACGAAGCUUUUCGAAUCCAAUACGAAGAUCCCGUUCUUGUCGUUCCCAAGAGACGAGUUAGAAUCGAGAGAAGUCCUUCAAAACGAGCGAGACUCGAGGAUUCGCCCCUAUUUGAUCAACCAGCGCAGCAAAUACAACCAGAGAAAUCGAAUCAGCCAAAUCUUCCCAUGGAAUCUUUUCCGCUGAAUCAGCCAAUCCAGUCCGCGCAAUCGGCUCAAUCCGUGAAUUCCAAUACAUCCAUUCGAAUUGAUUCCACGAUCUUUUUCUGUGGAAAUCAGGAUCGUUUCGAAGACUCGAUUCCAGUGGCAUUUACUGAAGACUACGAUUACAUUUGCAAGCGUUUAACGGAUCAUAUCAAGUCGCAAUACGGAGUAACCGUGGAAGUUUUGCGAGUACUGAAGAACAAUCAGAUUAUAUGCGAUCAGUCCAUUCAGUUGGAGUCAGGCGAUCAGAUCGAUAUGUAUUGUUCUCUUUCUUCGGACAGUUCCAUUGUGGAAGCGUAUCAAGAGAUUAUGAAAACGUACCAAUACCGAACAGCCGGCAUGUAUCACAUUCUCGAAUCGAUCGCGCAAACUCCGACCUAUUCCACAGUCACACACAUCAAACUGUCGCAAUGCGGUCUUGUCGACGGAGAUAUCUAUCACUUCCUUCUUCCUCUGCAGAUUCCGCUGAGCUCGCUCACGAAACUUGAUUUAAGUGACAAUCAGUUAACAGAUAUGGCAGGUACACUUCUUGCAUUGUGGAUUUUGAAAGGAAACUGUCCGCAGCUUCGAGAGAUACGACUUGGAGGAAAUUGCUGGCAUGAUCGAGGAUUAUCGCAUCUGUUUUUCGCUUUGAAGGAUCAAAUAAGAAUCGAUUCGAUCGAUGUGACUCGAUUGAGAAUUGAUAAUGAAGCCAUGGUGAUGUUAACAUCUCUCAUCAAAUCGUUUACGCCUGUGAUUCUUCCAGAAUCUGGGUCCAUGCAGGGUCUUUCUCUUUGUUUUGUUUUUCUUUUCUUUGUUUAUGCAUAG